GGAAGGUGCUAUGCUGUUCCAGGUUCUGUAUGCACUUUGUGUUUACUUGCCACAGGGUUGCGGGCCUUUGAGGUCCAGUUGGUGCUAAGGCAGGCCCUCCCCAACAUCUGGACAGUGCUGCAAGAUGAAGGGGUGUUAGUGAGGAAGGUUAGCACACAGUACCGCUGGUAUCUGCAGAACACCUCUUGUGAUCCAGAGAGCCGUUGGAAGGAGAAGAUUCUUCUCUCUGCGAGGGGUUUUUCUGUCUUUUUCCAGAUGCUUGUGAAAGCCCAGAAGCCCUUAGUGGGACAUAAUAUGAUGAUGGAUCUGCUUCAUCUCCAUGAGAAGUUCUUCAGACCUCUCCCAGAAAGCUACGAUCAAUUUAAGCAGAAUAUCCACAACCUAUUUCCUGUUCUCAUUGAUACCAAGAAUGUGACAAAGGAUAUCUGGAAGGAACUGAAUUUUCCAAGGGUUUCAAACCUUUCAGAAGUGUACAAAGUCCUGAACAGUGACUUAAAUCCCACCAAGAAUUCUGGACCAGUGAUUAUUCACGCAAGGAAAUGUGAAAAAUAUGUUGGGAUGGAGUACCCCCACGAAGCAGCGUAUGACGCCUUCCUCUGUGGAUCAGUUCUUUUGAAAGUGGCACACUUGCUCCUGCAGAGGUUGCACGGCAACAGCCCCAUCCCUGAGCCCUGCUUUUCCCAGUACCUCCAUGUGCUGGCUCCUUACGUGAACCAAGUGAAUCUCAUCCGAGCUGGGGUCCCUAAAAUCAAUUUUCCUGGUCCUGAUUAUCCCAGUAUCCGGCCCCCCAUCCUCAUCCUCAGUGUCAGGAAGUGGCUUGGGGUCAGUGAGCAGCAGGUCUACCACGAGUUUCACAAUCUCUGCAAGUUUGAUGUCAGGCGACUCACACGAAGCCAGUUCUUGCUGCUGACCAAUAAGUUUAAGGAUCUGCGGAAUGUCCUGAAGGAGUACAGGGGCCACCCGACCCUGCAGCUCUCCGUGUAUCGGUACUGGAGACAUUCCCCAAAUGUCAACUGCUUGUUGCAAGUCUGUGGCAUCGUCACCACCUGGGCUGUGCUUGCAUUUCUGCUCGGAAGACCCAGCCCCUGAGCGCAGUGGGCUGCCUGAGCCACCGUCCCACCUGAGCCACUGUCCCAUCUCCACGCCUUCCUGGGUAGCCCAGCCUGGGUUUUGUUUGUGUAAAUCAUAUUCUGUUUGCAGAUGGAUCUGGAUGGUCCUUACUAGAAAUUCUGUUAUGUUUGAAUGUGAAAUUCUGUGAACACUAUCAAUGAUAAAGAAAUCCUUGCAUGUAG